GCAGUUCUCAGUCGAUAUUUGUUAAAAAUCUUGAGAAAACCUGUCAUAUGUGUAAUAAAAUAUUAUGCAAACAAAGUCUGCGCAUAAGCAGGUAAACUCGGGAGGCUCGUCGCGUUCGGUCGCGGUUUGAUAUCAAACCGCGGCCUCGGUCAUGCCGUUCAGGCAGCGACGCCGAGGCAGCGCAUUAUCUCGAGCGAUCAUAUGACUCCUCCCGCACGUGACUUUAUUUACAGUUGACUUACACUCGCGCGGGCGAACAUGUACACGGGUGCGGAGCUUCCGCGUGACAUGAUAGAGACCGCGGGGCACAGGGUCCGACGGAUGAGAUGCGGUAAACUAUAGACUGCGGGCCGUGCGGCUUUUAUAAUGCCGUUGCUCGAUAAACUGCUGUCUCCGGGGAAGAGUAGCGUUGACAGUGACGAGUGCCGAGUGUCCAGUGCGCGAACAGCUGAGAAUGAUAGGGAUUCCGUGUUGCGUCUUGGAGCUGAUCAAGUGCGGAUCUUGCUAUUUCGAGAAUGCGAAUGGCGCGGUAGAAAACUUCUCUUCGACUCGAUGUCUGUGCAGAAGCACCGAAGCAAAAGCGAAACCACCGCUUGCACAGCGGUUACCAACAAUGGGGAUUGCAAGGCACCCUUUAACGUGGGAAAUGCUCGCGAUUUCGAGCGAGACAAGACAAUCGAGGAUGACGUGAGCUUGCUGAGUGAAAUGGUGUUCGGUACUGUGGCAAUGACCUACAAGGGAUCAUCGUUCAAGGUUCAUUCAAUGAAUUCUCCGCCGUGCAUUAUGUGCACGAAAAUCUUUCCGGCAACGGAACAUGGCGCGUGGCACAAAUCAAACGAAAGAGCGUCCGACGAAGGAUUAGGACGGUCCGUGCACAUGGAUUCUGCCUCGAGCAACACCAGCGUACGAUCUUAUCUAUCCCGACCGAGUUCCGGCAACCUGUCGAGCAACGACUCGCAUUCAAGAGUGCGGAAGAGUUCGACGUGCUCAAGCACCGGCAGCGGCUGGGACAUAGACAUCGCACCGUCGACGGGCAGUUCGCAGUCGCUGGAGAGUAACGGAUCGUCCGGCAUCGGUAGUCUCAGUAGUUUGCGGAGAAGGUGGUUCCGCGCGGUUUCGACCUCUCUAGGUCGAUCGGAUUCGGACGACGCGUUCGGGAUGCAGCACUGGAGCGAAAACGGGAGCGACGGACGUGACGGAUAUACGAAACGUCACAAAACCAGGUUGGGUUUGACGAUGCUAGUGCGAUUGACUCAGGGCCGCGAAAGUCAAAUACAAGCGCGUCUUUUGGAACACGUGGCGCUCUUGGAAGGUAUGUUAAAUCGUUUGCGGUAUUUCUGCAUCGAGACCAGCGGUACGAACAGCGGUUUGAACUGCAAGAGAGUUCAGCUGACUGACAGAAUGUGCAGGGCGACGUCUCGAUUCAUCAUUUCGCUGUUGCACGUACUUCUUAAUGUCGAAGCCAGUAACCGCACGCCUCUUCUGUGGCACGACGUUUUACUCAACUCCGUGACAGUGAAGGAGAAGUCUAACACUUUGCAUAAUAGUUUGCAACAGAUGUGUCACUUGUUCGACGAGCUUGACACGAAAUCGACGAAUUUCUUCUUGAGUACCGUGUUAACCGCUGUGUUGACGUAUCAUCUCGGUUGGGUGUACACCGUGUUAUCUCCGCGAGAUCGUCAGAUAAUCGAGAAACUGGGCAACUGGUAUUCCUGCAAUCCGCUGUGGGCGCAGCUCGGUGAUUUGUACGGCGCGUUGGGAAAUCCCGUGAAAGUGGCGCAUACCGUGGUCGCGGGCGAUCCUCGCAAGAGCGAUCUGAUCAAUUCCGUUUUGUCGUUUCUCUCGUAUUUCAUUCGAAGCGGAACGGUGCGGAAAAGCCGAGAAUAUCGAUGUUCCCGACAGGAAGACGUGGACAAGGCGGUAGAUCUGUUGCAACAGGCCCGCAGCAAGCGACCGCAUCUGUUCAACAACAGGAAAUCGACUCGCGCUUCGAACGAUCGCGAUGCUUCAACGUACAGAUGCGAUUCGCGCGUUUUGUCAUCGCGCAAAUCGUCGACACAAUCACCGAACGAUGAAAACGCGUCGCGGUAUAGCGCGGAACGGCCGAGAAUCUCGCGAUCGGUCAGUCCGUUGAAGCGCAGCGACACCAUAAAAUCUGAUCUUAGCGCGCUAAUGACGAAAUCUGCCGAGGUGCCGAUGGAGUGCUUCAAGUUUCCGGAGAAGGAUUUUCCGUCGCUUGAAAAUCGCUACGACGAAUCGCGGGACGAUCGAUCGACGGAGAAUAAAGAGGAAAACUCUCCGUCGCAAAGUAAAAUAAAAAUAGUCAUCAACGAAGUUGAUUUGCAACAAGAUACCGCGUCCAAAGAUUGUCAGACGCAGUAUCUUUUGCGAGAUUUCGAGAAGAAAUUGAACAUGUGCGACGAUGAGCAGAAUCUCGCGAUCGGAAAGACCGAAUUGCUUACUCAAUCGGACGUCAACGUCGAUCCACUUAAAGUGUACUAUAACAGACCGGAGUUGCCGCUGCUCGACGCGGAUCGCAGAUACGUCGACGAAUUUAAGGAAUCGCAGGUCUUCUUCACUCUCGGAGGCGAGGACAAGUCCGUCAAGUUGUCGCCCGAGUCGAGAUCGCGUCCGAGUAACACUUGUCAGUGUUCUUGCACGUUUACGAGAGUCCCGAGCACGUCGGCGCAACUUCCGGAGGGCGUAUUGAGAAAAAUCAUUCAGCGAAACUUUCCCGAAUCGUCCAAGAGCAUACAGCCGCCACCAGGAGCAGCGUCCAGGUCAAUAGGCUUUUGUCCCAAGUGCAAUGGUCAGAAGGGAUACGCCUCGGAUUACGACGUUAGCAACCAGGUGCUGGAAACGCCGACGAACGCGACGGAAGUGUUGCGCACAUGCGGCAGUUCCGAAGGCAACAGAAGCACAAGACUGUCGCGAUCGAAUAGUCUCGAGGCUCUCAUGGAAGCCAACAGCGUCGUAGAGUUGCCGAUGCCACAGUCGAGAAAAGUUACCUCCAACAAAUCUGGUUUGGUCAAAGAAACGGAGGAUUUCACGAGAACUCUUUUGCGCAGUCGGAUAAUGAACAACGAAACUAACUUUUUGGAUUCGGGAUACACGUGGGGUUUGGUGUUACAAGGUGUGACAAAGAAGAAGAAACGUAGAAAAAAGAAAAUGAUUUCAGAAACCGACGCGAUGGACAAUGAUAUUUGCGAGAUUGAACCGGAAGAGACGCGGUGGUGGUCGUGCAUGCGGGAGGAAGUCACGGCCAGCGUCCGAUUUCCGACGAUCGAUCAGCCGGUCUCUGAAGCGCUUUGCGUGCUGGCUGAUCUGGACACAUGGCACGUUGGGAUCUUAUCGAACAACGCACCUUGGCAGAAUCCGCCCUUACCGGUCGGGAUGUCACGUCUGGUCUCGAAUAUGUUAGAGUCCUUUGCCUAUGUGUGGCGAAAAUAUCACUCUCCCACUCACUGCAUAGCGAUACUGGAAGCCAAACUGCGAGAGUUAUGGUUGAGAAGCGAAGUGUUGGCGGAGAUGAUGAUGUCCGUGGAAGAAUGCGACGCCAAUGUGAACAGCUUGACCAACGCUCUCGACCUCGACGCAGCUGACAUACCGCUUCUACUCGCGGUCGCGACAACUCAUUCUCCGGAGAUAGCGCAGCGAUUCGGUCUUACGUUAACUUGAACACAAACUUUAUUCCGAAUCGGUUUCGCUUUCUUUGUUUUAUCGAUAAAUAUUUCUGAAAUAAAAUACGCCGCCAUGCACGCGUGUACCUGGAAAGAAGUGUUGAUGAUAUUUCGAAUACAUUAUGUAACUUUAUACGAUAAAUGUAUAUACGGUAAUAAUUAUUAAUCGUUUCAGCGUUUAUAGCAAUAAAUCGCAUAUCUAAUGAUUGCAGUACUUGAUUGUAAUGUAAUAUAUGUAUUAUAUGUAAUUGAGGUUUUUUAUGUAAUAACUAUAUAUAUAUAUUAUGCUAUACGAGAGUUUGCAGUUGUAUAUUAUUCUACAUUAAUAAAAUCCGA